AGUCGUGUUUCAGUUGCCAGUAUGCGACAACAUGUGAAUGUUCUGAUUCGACAGUGUAACGUUGUAUGAUCAAUUUAUUAAUGUGUGCGUUUACGUGUCAGAUGUGUUGCACCGCUAAAACAUAAAUCUUACUUACUCGUAUGUACUUAACCAUUUAACAAGUUUGUUAACGGCGAUUUCUUCUUAUACUGGAUUCUACACAGCUAAAGUUGACAGGCUAACUCGUCACAAUCUAACCCUCAGCCCUAUUAUCAUUCCUGACUUUAAAGCGACAUAAACUGAAAUGUUGUACUUAAUCGGACUUGGCCUCGGAGAUGCUAAGGAUAUUACUGUUAAAGGUCUUGAAAUAGUGCGCCAAUGCAGCCGUGUGUAUCUUGAAGCAUACACGUCCAUACUGACAGUGGGGAAGGAAGCACUGGAGGAGUACUACGGGCGUGAGCUGGUGCUAGCAGACCGGGACAUGGUGGAGCAGGAGGCAGCAGAGAUCCUGAGGGGAGCCGACGCUGAAGACGUGGCCUUCCUGGUGGUGGGGGACCCAUUCGGUGCCACCACGCACAGCGACCUGGUCCUGAGAGCAGUGAAUGAUGGGAUACCGUACCGCGUCAUCCACAACGCAUCCAUCAUGAACGCUGUGGGCUGCUGUGGCCUACAGCUGUACAAUUUCGGAGAGACAGUGUCCAUCGUGUUCUGGACAGACACCUGGAGGCCAGAGAGUUUCUACGACAAAAUCAAGAAGAACCGAGACAUUGGGAUGCACACCCUCUGCCUUCUAGAUAUCAAAGUCAAAGAGCAAUCUAUGCAGAAUCUGAUGAGAGGCAGAAAGAUCUAUGAGCCUCCUCGCUACAUGACUGUGGCACAGGCUGCUGGCCAGCUUCUCGAGAUUGUCCAGAACCGCCGUGAACGUGGAGAUGAGCUGGUGCUGACUGAAGAGACAGUGUGUGUAGGCUUGGCCCGCGUGGGUGCGGAGGACCAGGUGAUCCAGGCAGGUGCGCUGCGUGAGCUGGCGUCAUGUGACCUGGGUGGCCCCCUACACUCCAUGAUCGUCACGGGACACCUGCACCCGCUGGAGGUCGACAUGCUCCGCCUCUUUUCCUCACAGACCAAUGGGCUGCAAAGCCUGAAGAUGACAGACAGCUCCACCUACGUAUCAUAAACACAGCAUGGGGGGG